UCUGUUGCUCGCCUCGUCUGGGCUGCAGCCGCCGCCGAGCUCCUCCAGCCCCCCCCCCGACCCCACCCCAAAAUCUCCCCCGGCUCCCCGUUCUCCCCUCUCCCAGCCCCCCCCCUCCCACCGGACCUUGGGAAGAAAGGGGGCCGGGAGCUCCGCAAGAUGUGAGCCCGGGAGAGGCGGAGGGAGGCGGCUGGGGGGGCUGCCUUGGCCCCUUCCCCACCCAGGCUGGGAACGGCGCGGCGAUGGAGGGCGGCAGCAGCAGCGGAGCCCGCCUCGGAGGUCCCCGGGGCCAUCGCUAGGGGAGCCCCGGCCGUGGGAGCGGGCGCCUCCGGGGAUGGGUCGGAGCGAGAAGCCGGGGGGCGAAUUCUUCUGAGUCCCGCCCGCCCCCUCCCCACCCUCGCUGGCAAGGCUUGCCCCGAGGCACCGACCGAGCCCUUCCCGAGCCCGCUCCGGACGGAAAAGGGCCCGGGGACACCAGCCUUACCAUGCCCGAAGGCGCCCGCCGGGUCAGCACCAAGGAAAGAGGCAGCCCAGCCCCCAGGCCCUCCUCUACCUCCUCGCUGGCUGGAAUCGGGACCAAGAUGGCGUCGGGCCCCAUCCUGGGCAGCUGCACCUCGGUGAACACCGUCUGCUCGGACAGCGACCGCCCCGUCAGCCUCAGCUCCUCGGCCUCCUCGGCCUCUCUGCAGGACGGCGCCAGCGCCUUCGGCAGCAGCAUCGGGCUGGGGGGCUGCCCUCCCGCUUACUCCCAGCAGAACGGCAGCGACAUCAGCCUGGAUCUGACCCCUGUGACGCUGCUGGACCGGCUGGCGGACACCCCGGGAGGAGAUGGGCAGCAGUGCUGCGGCUGGGCACCGGGUCCCGGCCGAGCCAAAGAACGGCGGGUCAAGCCGUCCCAUCUGGACCGGGUGGUGCUGGAGAUUGUGGAAACUGAGCAGGCUUACGUCCGGGACCUCAGGAGCAUCGUGGAGGAUUACCUGGGCUGCAUUAUCGACUGCGGACAGGUGUCUCUGAAACCGGAACAAGUCGGCGCUUUGUUUUGCAACAUCGAGGACAUCUAUGAGUUCAACAGUGAGCUCCUGGAGGAUCUGGAGAGGACCCCCAGUGCCCACGCAAUUGCACACUGCUUUGUCCAAAGGAGCGAAGAAUUCGAUAUCUACACUUUGUACUGCAUGAACUACCCCAACUCCGUCUCGGUGCUCCGGCAGUGCAUGGAGGAUGAAUCCCUGGCAAAGUUCUUCCGGGAGAGGCAGGCCACUCUCUCGCACUCGCUGCCCCUGGAGACGUACCUUCUCAAGCCGGUCCAGCGGAUUCUGAAGUACCAUCUGCUGCUGCAGGAACUGGCCAAGCAUUACGACAAGAGCAGCCCCGGCUACGACUCGGUGGAAGAGGCCAGCAUCACCAUGACGGCUGUGGCUUGGUACAUCAACGACAUGAAGCGGAAGCAGGAGCACGCCAGCCGGCUGCAGGAGAUCCAGGGUCUGCUGGCCGGAUGGACUGGUCCGGAGCUGGGCGCCUUUGGGGAGCUGAUCCUGGAGGGUCAGUUCCGGGUGCCACGAGCCCGCAAGGAAAGGGUCUUCUUCCUGCUCAGCAAGGUCCUCCUCAUUGCCAAGCGGCGCGGGGAGACCCUCCUCUACAAGAGCCACAUCUUCUGCUGCAACCUGGCGCUGCAGGAGAACACCAAGGACCCCCUGAGCUUCAAAAUCUCGGACCUCUCCAUUCCUAAACAGCAGCACACGAUCCAGGUGAAGAACCAGGAAGAGAAGCGGCUUUGGAUUCAUUACCUGAAACGUUUGAUUGUGGAAAAUCACCCGGCAUCCAUUCCCCAGAAGGCCAAGCAAGUCCUGCUGGAGAACAGCUUCCAGGGAUCCCCAGACAUGGUCUUCAGCCCCGAGACCCCCAAGAGGCCCCUGCCUUCUCCUCCGCUGGACGAGCCCAGGGCCAGCCUGCGUGGCCGCCGGCAGUCAGAGCCUCCGGAGUCCAUGUACAGCCCCGAGAGAAUCCGGCGGAGCUGCCCCAUUUUACAGCUGGAGAAAAGCGGCUCUUAUCGCCGAGGCCGCCGGCAGUCAGGUGAGCUACCUGGGGAAAGGGGCGGGGCUGCACAAGGUGGGCGGGGCUCCAGCCUAUUCUCAG